UUUUUUUUUUUUUCCUUGUCGGCAUGGAGAAACGGUCGACCAGACUCGGUCGUGUUGUGGGGAACGGAGUCAGCAGGGAAGAAAGGAAAACAUGGCGGACCAGGGGCGGCACUGGCUUGACUGGUCCCAUCGCAUCGGCAGGGCCAAGGAAGGCCGUCCCAAGGAAGGCCGUCCCAAGGAAGGCCGUCCCAAGGAAGGCCGUCCCAAGGAGUCUUCCCCAAGUCAGACAAGAGCUUGA